AUGGCGGAUCCGUUCGAGGUUCGUGUGCGCUUCAGCUCACAGUUACAGAACCUGAAUGCCUCUGUGACAUCCGCACAGAAGGCAGCCAUCUAUGCGCUCAAGUACAAGGACUUGGAUGAAGACCUACACUCAUGCAUUCUGGAACAGUUGGAGAAGCCGGAAACCCCUGUCAACACAAGAGCAAAUAUUAUGUACUUUAUUGAGCAUUUCCUAGAGAUUGCCCAGAAGGAUGGCCAUGUCGACUACGUGCGAAUGCUGCAGCGCGACAUUAUUCGUGUCGUCGAUGCCGUGGCGCCCGAGAACGGGUCGGGUGCCGCCAACGUCAAGGUCGUCCGCCGGGUUCUACAAGCCCUGCAGAACAAAAAGUUCCUCCAGGCUCAGACCGUCGCGGAGAUAGACGAAGUCCUCAAGGAGCGCGAGAGUGCAGCGCACUACGUCACCAUGUCUUCGCCAAUACCGGGGGACGACGAGAUAGGUGACAUGCCUCCGUCCCAGACCAUCCCUAGGGCCGGAAGAACCACUGCUCCGCCGAGGCUGGAAAAGAAGCAGAUAGAGCAGCGGAUCGAAGAGGACCGUGAGCGGCACAAGCGUCUACGCGAGGAAAUAUGGGCUAUCCCGAAUGAGGGCUACGAGGCAGAAAUGGAGAAAAUGUGGGAGGAAACGAGCGACUUGGGAGAGGACGACCAUAUCAUGGGCGAGGAGGAAAGAGAGGAGCGCGAGGAAUGGCUCCGGAGGUCAUGUUCACAUCGAGAGGCAGAGAUAUCGGCAAAUGGCAAUCAUAAGCGGUGA